AUGCUUCAUGAAGACAAGAUACAGGCCUAUCAGUGCCGACAGGGAACUGAUGUGGACUUGGCUUCUCUCAUCCCUUUGAUUGAUGGGACCUCAGCAAAAUGCUUUUUUCUUUCACCCAUGCAGCUAUUACCCAAACAUGAAUAUAGGACAAAUCAAGACUCCAAAGAACACAAUGGAAUUGCAGGCACAUCACAGGUGUGGAGCAACCAGGAGCGAGACAGAGCAUCCUGGAAACCCAUCCAGACAGGAGCAGCUUGGACAGGGUGUAGCCAGGGCAACGGCCAGGUGCACCCUUGGGGGGGAUGCAAAGAGGAGGACCCCCAGGCCCACCGCAAACCCUCUGUAUUUGCUUCCCAGAGCUUCAAGAAGAAAGUUCCACCGACAGGGUGGCUUCCAACAAGAAAGCUGCUUUUGGAAGGCCUAAGCCCAGCAGAAAAGCUGUUUGGUUUUCGCACGCCAAAGAUGUACUUAAGUGUAGAGGGCUGCUGUAUUUGCUGAGCUAAGUCGUCCAGUUUUCGAUUCAUUGGCAGUAAAUGCUAUGAAAAGGACUUCCAGAGCUAUUUUGGGUUGCAUGAGACUCGUUCAGGAGAUAUCUGUAAUGCCUGUGUCCUGCUUGUGAAAAGAUGGAAGAAACUGCCAACAGGAUCAAAAAAGAAAAAAAAAAAAACCAAAAAACCCUGGAAUCAUGUGGUAGACGCAAGGACAGGACCCAGUCUGAAGACUACAUUGAAACCAAAGAAAGUGAAAACUCUAUCUGGCAACAGGAUAAAAAGCAACCAGAUCAAUAAACUGCACAAGGAAUUUAAAUGUCACAGUUCUGAUGUUCACAGCACCUCAAGUGCCUCCCGUGCUCAGUCUCCUUGUUAUAGUAACCAGUCAGAUGAUGGCUCAGACACAGAGAUGGCCUCUGGCUCUAACAGAAUGCCAGAUUUUUCCUUCUCAGAUCUCACAUGGAAGAGCCAGAAAAUAUGUUGUGGGAUUAUCUUUAAAGGCCAUUUUGGGGAAGUCCUCAUUGACACACAUCUACUGAACCCUUCCACCCAACCUCCCUCGCCCCGGCAAUGCAAACCCGCAGGGAAGCCGGCGGGAGAGUUACCCGCCGAGGCCCAGGCGCGAAGACUGCAGAGGCGUGCGGGACUCUGCGGCGGGAGGCCUGCGGCUCUCCGGCCGCCCGCCGCCGCUCGCACCAGCCGGCCGCUGCCUCUCCCGCGGCGCCUGCAGCAUCGGGCCGCCGAAGCCCGCGGCCGGCGGAAACCGGAGGAAGGUGGCCCGGGUCAGGGGCAGCGCCGGCACGAUUCCUCGUCCGCGGACCAGGCGGGGGAGCUGGGGAAGGCGCGGCGCCGAGCGGAGUCCGAGGCGCCCGGCCGCGCGCUGCCCUCCUCGCUGGGGUCCGGAUCCCAGGCGACUGCGCCGAGCGCCUCCGCAGCCGCGGGGUCGCUCCUCCUGCUCGUCUGCUGGCGCCAGACGCGCGUUGACCACGGCCGCCCCCGAGUCCACGGAGGAAGGUGCACUGCAGAGCGAGGCUGUGAGGGCUCCGCGCCCCCCGGAGCAGGGAGGCAGGAAAGCAGCCGAGCCCCUACCUUUCGGGCUGGGCGGACACCAGCCGCGCGCCCUUGCCGGGCGUCAGGGACGGAAAAUCACCACGACGGGAGGGCCCGGGUAAAGCAGCGGGUGGCUUCAGGACAAGUAACAUGGAGUAGCUGGUUACAGACCAAGCCUUCCCUUGAGAAUGUGACAUGCUGGACAAUAUAUAAAGCCAUCAAUCUGAAGGCAAUGGGGAAUUCUGAAGCCACAAGACUGUUCCAAGACAGGCUGCAUCCAAGCAGUGAGCUGCGUCUCUUUGUGAAGCUGUGGUCAUCUGCGAUAUUGCACUAGUUUGUAUUUGCCCUUCCUUCUUUUCUGCCCAACUUUCUUUUCCCUUUACUUUGGUGUCUCAGAGUUAUACCUCCCAUUUUUUUCUAGGGAACUUAGGCUAAGACAGAAUGAAAGUACAUAGAAGUGAGCCCAAUUUAGCUCUGUAGACAUUUGUCUAUGUGUAAGCAGAAAGCAAGAGGCUGAGAUGCUGAGCAGAGUUUCCAACAGUCUUACAGUGUUGGUAAGAAAAAAAGGGACUUAAGGACCAAGGAGGAGAGGCCCAGGCAAACACUCCAGUUCUAGCUUGUAACUCCAGAAGGGACAGACAUUACCUCAAAAAUAAUGAAGCUGGAAUUAAAUCAGCUAAAUCUUUGAUGGAAUGAAAAUUAAUCUGUCUCUUAUCCAACUUCCAAACAAAAAUAAAUUCUCUCUGGAAGAUGGUAUUGUCUAGAGUCUUAAAAUAUCUGUAUAAUUUAUCACAUGUAUUGUCUUGUGUGGCUGCAAAUAAACAAUUACUAUGUUUAUCAGGAGAUGAGACCAUAUGACAGAAAAACAAGAGAAAACCAUAUUAUAGAAACAUACUCACUGGAAAUCCAAGUAUUGGAUAAAAUUUCAGCAUAAAACAGGAAAAUAUUAAAAUUCUUCAAAUAUAAAUUCUAUAAAUUUAUAGAAUCUAUAAAUUGAUUGAACUAAAAUCUAUAAAUUGAUUGAAGCAGAUUAGGUAUAAUUAAAAGAGAGCAUUAGUAAAUUGGAACACAGACUGGGAGAAAAUAUCUACUACAAAGCACAGAGAGAAAAGAAAAUGGAAAAUACACACACAAAAAAGAGGAAACAUACAAGAUCUAUGGGAAUGGUGAAAUAUUUAACAUGUAUGUAAUUGAAAUCUACCAAAAAGAAAAAAGAAUAAGCAGAUGAGAAAAUGAAGCAGACAGAAAAUUUGAAAAUCAAAAUGACAGGACUUUACAAAAUGUCAAGCCACAAAUUCAGGAACUUAUAAACACCAUUUAAAUUAAGUACAGAUAAAACAAAUAUGGGUAUAUCAUAGUAAAAGUGUUCAAAAGAACACAGACAAAGGCAAAAUAUUAAUACAAUCCAGAGGAAAAAGAUAUCUGAUCUUCAAAAUAGCAGCAAUUAGACAGAUUUUGAAUUCUCAAAAAAAGAAGGUAGGCCACAAACAUAAAAUGACAUCUUCUAUCAGAGCUAGAGGAAACUAACUAUACUAGAAUCUGAUAACCACAGAAAAUGUCUUUUUAAAGUGAAAGCAAAAUAAAGAUAUUUUAAAAUAAAAAGACAGAGAAUUAUUCACCAAUUUAUACUAAGGAAAUACUAAUGGGAGUUCUUUAGUCAGAAGGUAAAUUAUUCCAGACAGAAAGCAUAAUGAAAUUGGAAGAAAUAAAGAACAACAGAAAAGAUAAAUACAUGGGUAAAUCUAAACGAAUGUGUAAUGUAUAGAAUAAUAAUAAUAUCUGGAAGUGUUUGAGUUCUAUACAGAAGUAAAAUCCAUGACAACAAUAGCACAAAAUGUAGGGAAAGGGUAAAUGGUGUUAAACUGUUCCAUGAGCCUCGUGUGGCUUGUGAAGUAAUUUAUAGUUUUUUAAAAAUGUUUAUUUAUUAAUUUUGAGAGAGAAAGCAUGAGUGAGGGAGGGGUAGAGAGAAAAUCCCAAGCAGGCUUCUCACUGUCUGUCCUAAGCCCUAGGAGGGGCUCAAUCUAAUGAACUGUGAGAUCAUUACCUGAGCUGAAAUCAAGAGUUGAAGCCUUAACCAACUGAGCCAUCCAGGCACGCCCGGGAAGUAAUUUAAAUAUUACUUUUUGUCAGACUUUAACAAGUCAAGGAUGCAUGUAGCAUUUUCCAGAGUAAAAGCUAAAAGAAUAGUGAAAAUGUAUAAUUAGCAAGCAAUCCAGGUGAAAUAUAUAAUAAAUAAAAGCCUAAUUCAAAUCACUGCAGACAAGAGGGAGGAAAAGAGAGGGAGUGGCAGAGAAACAGCAAGAAAAUCAAACAUUAAAUUUGAACUUCUAAACAUAAGUAAUUGUGUCAAAUGUAAACAGGCUAAUAUUCUAAUUAAAAGACAGUAAUUAUUAGACUUGAUAAUAAAAAUAUUAUGUUUUGCUUGCAAGAGAUACAUCUUAAAUAUAAGUGCACAAAGAUUAAAGUAAAAGGACAGAAUGUGUAAACCAUACAGACACAAAACAAUACAGGGCUGAUACACUAAUAUGAGAUAAUGUAGAUUAAAAACAUUUACUUAGGGAUGAAUAGGACAUUUCAAAUGAUAAAAAGUUUAAUUCGUUAGGAAAAUAGAGUAUUCUAAAUUCAAAUGAUUUAACAAGAAACUUUUGAAAUAUAUAAAGCAAAACCAUACAUACAAAACCACAAGAGAAGAAAUAGGCAAUC